AUGACGGCAAACAAGAAAGAGACGAAGAAGGGGUACCAACCGAAGACUCAGGCCCUAGAAGAUAAUGAAUUACCCUCAUUACUUACUUUCGACCCCGAAGAGCAGAAAAUCUUGUGGAUGAACUACUUCAGAGACCUGCUCAACUGCCCAACAAUCCACAAUACUUCUGUAGAAUCAGAAAACCUACACGAGCCAGUGUCGCCACCAUCAUUUGAUGAAGUAACCACGGCGAUCAUGAGAUUAAAAAACAAUAAAGCUUCUAGUAUCGACGGGUUGCCAAGCGAAGUAUGGAAGUAUGGAGGGUCAGAAGUCAGGUUGAUCGCCGCUUGCUUCCUGGCCGUCGCCGCUGCUAAGCCCAGUGUACUAGCUCCCGUGGCCGCUGCGUACACUGCCUUCCCCGGCCCUGUCGCUGCUGCGUACACCGCUCCCGUAGCACCCGCCUACACUGCUGCAGCGUACACUGCCCCGGCCUACACUGCUGCAGCGUACACUGCCCCGGCCUACACUGCGCCCGUUGCAGGCUACUCACCUUUAGCGUACUCCGCGUACACCAAUGCGUACACCGCUCCUCUUUCGGCGUACUCGGCUUACGGUUAUGCCUCUCCUUACUCAUAUUACCUCCGCCGUUGAUGCCUAUAAUUUAAUUUAAAUAAGUGUGAUAAUGAAACAGU